UCCUUCCGGUCCCCGUACGGGCCACGGCCUCCCCGUCCCUUCGGACCCGGAGCUCGCGCGCAGUGGGCUCCCGGUGACGGCCUCGAGGGAGGGUCUUGUCGCUUCUUGCACCCGGGACUUCGGGACCGGCGGGCUCUGAUGGCAGUCACCGGGCACGCAGGGUCCCUCGCCGUACCGGUUCCGCCGCGCGUUCGUCCCCGGCAGCUCGCGGAGCUUCCGGGCCCUCGGGUUGGGCACUGGGUGCGAGUCGUACUCGGUGUUGCGGCUGCUGCUCCCGAUCCUGCAGCAGCUGCUACAGACUAGACCUCGCUGCUGGUGUGUCCCGUGCCUAGAUGAUCGGAGCGCUGAGAUGAAGUUGGCGCCCUUGUUUUCGACAUUGGAUCAUAUACAGUGAGGGCUGGCUAUGCUGGUGAGGACUGCCCCAAGGUGGAUUUCCCCACGGCCAUUGGUGUGGUGUUGGAGAGAGAUGAUGGAAGCACCAUGAUGGAAAUAGAUGGUGACAAAGGCAAACAGGGCGGCCCCACCUACUACAUAGACACCAAUGCCCUCCGCGUGCCCAGGGAGAACAUGGAAGCCAUCUCACCACUCAAGAAUGGCAUGGUUGAAGAAUGGGAUAGUUUCCAGGCCAUUCUGGAUCAUACUUAUAAGAUGCAUGUCAAAUCUGAAGCCAGCCUGCAUCCUGUUCUCAUGUCGGAAGCACCGUGGAACACCAGGGCCAAGAGGGAGAAGCUGACAGAGCUGAUGUUCGAGCACUAUGGCAUCCCUGCGUUCUUCCUGUGCAAGACUGCGGUUUUGACGGCAUUUGCUAAUGGUCGGUCUACUGGGCUGAUUUUGGACAGUGGAGCCACCCACACCACAGCAAUUCCAGUCCAUGAUGGCUAUGUCCUUCAACAAGGCAUUGUGAAAUCCCCUCUUGCUGGAGACUUCAUUACCAUGCAGUGCAGAGAACUCUUCCAGGAGAUGAAUAUAGAACUUAUUCCUCCAUAUAUGAUUGCAUCAAAAGAGGCUGUUCGGGAAGGUUCUCCAGCAAACUGGAAAAGAAAAGAAAAGUUGCCCCAGGUUACAAGGUCUUGGCACAAUUACAUGUGCAAUUGCGUCAUCCAGGAUUUUCAAGCUUCAGUUCUUCAAGUGUCAGACUCCACCUACGAUGAACAAGUGGCUGCGCAGAUGCCAACUGUCCACUACGAAUUCCCCAACGGUUACAACUGUGAUUUUGGUGCAGAACGGCUAAAAAUUCCUGAAGGAUUAUUUGACCCUUCCAAUGUAAAGGGAUUAUCUGGGAACACGAUGCUGGGAGUCAGUCAUGUCGUUACUACAAGUGUUGGAAUGUGUGACAUUGACAUCAGACCGGGUCUCUACGGCAGUGUGAUUGUAGCAGGAGGAAACACGCUAAUACAGAGUUUCACCGACAGGCUAAAUAGAGAGCUUUCUCAGAAAACUCCCCCAAGCAUGCGGUUGAAACUGAUUGCAAACAACACGACGGUGGAACGGAGGUUUAGUUCAUGGAUUGGAGGCUCCAUUUUGGCAUCUUUGGGCACCUUUCAGCAGAUGUGGAUUUCCAAACAGGAGUAUGAAGAAGGAGGGAAGCAGUGUGUAGAACGAAAAUGCCCUUGAGGGCUCCACCCUGCCUGCCGCCACCUCAUGUCUGUAGCUUUAGUACACUCAGGAAAAGACGACCAUCUUUUGUAGAAUGUUUAUACAUGUUUGCAUAUUUCAAUGUCCACUUAAAUUUUUUAAGGCUUUAACUGGCUCUAUAAAUUAAAAUGAGUUUGUGCUUUCCUUGAAAUGCACUUAUUCUUAUUACAGGCAUUUUAUAAUUUUGUAUGAAUGUCUAUUUUCUCUAAAUAUUUUGCUUUCAGUAAGUACUUUCCAGCUCUCCUGUGGGUUGGUGGAGUUACUUUUUAUUGACUAGUAAAAGUCACUGCCUAUGCUUUUUGCCUUAGGCUUACAAAACUAAAUAAAAAUCACCACCUGUCCUAGAA